AACCAGUCGUCAAAAGAAAAAACACAAAUCUUUAGGAGACUACAAAAUGAUCAGGGUAUUGCUGUGGAUCGGAAUAGCAGGAUCCGCCCUUCCAUCCGGUAGGUGCUGUUGAGUAAUAGCGAUAAUUAGGACAUGUAAGGCAGGCAUCGACAGGCACAAAAAAACCGGGUAUUGGUGCGUGAUAACUCGUGCCAUGGCACAACAUUAAAUGUUUAUAUUUUUCCAGUCUGACAACUUUCACCGAUCAGUGAACGAAGUCGAACAGUAAUAGAGGCCUAAUUUGAAAUACACAACAUAUUUUCGAUAAAUUUCUAUGGACCGUCAUAAGCGAAUUCCAUUUCGUGAAUUCAUGUAAUCGGGACCUUCAGGAAUUAUUGACUCUCCCAAGGCCGAUAUUGAAUUUUUAUCGACAUGGACUUUUGAGAUGAUUUCAACUUUAAUGAUCCAGAAAAUAGGUUCCGAAUUCAAGAGCUACUUUAUUAACUGAAAGGCUUUCUUCUCGGCUUUUUCUUACGUUUCUUAUACCCUUACCAUUUCAUAAAACAUGAUCGCUAUUCACUGAUAUCGAGUGCAAACGACGACUUGACCACUCGAACUUAUACAUAUAUCCUUUGUGAAACUGAUAAAUAGAAAAUGUAGAAGGAAUGACAUUAUAAUCCAGCAUAAUCUUGUAAAUUAAAAUUUAUACUGUUUGACUUAUUGUAUGAAUCACGUAGAAGGGAAUAUUUCGAAAACUUAAAAUAUACCUCAAAUUAAAGAUUGCAGAGUUUCUUUUUUGCAGACAAUAUUAUUUAAUGUUCAAAAGGGACAAGAUUAUCUACAUGCAAAUUUUCCUUUAGACCGUGUGUGCAUAUAUUAACGGAAUUACCUUGUAACUAAUUAAAAUGAUAAAGAGGUAUAUCUUUUAAAAGUAAUUUGGUAGCCGAUCUUUGAAGGUGAAGAUGAUGGCGUAGCUUAUAGUGUAGAGAUCCAGACGAAAAUAGUCGCGACUAUAAUAGAAAAGUUAUUUAUUAACGGCAUAUUAACCAACAUUCAAUUUUCUUUAACAGAAUCUUACUUGAAAGAGGCGAUUACGAAUUACGAUUUGUCAAUUACGAAUUGUCGAUGGUAUCUAUAACGUGGCGAGGGUUCAGAUUUUAAUCGGAUGCAGAAUUUUUAUCGCCCUAAAGUUUGAUGAAAAUAAUCUGCGAUGCCAUCGAGUUUUCCAGGACGUUUCGUUAUAGUUGGACUUAGUGUUUUAUGACGCCGGGCACUGAUGUACUACCACGUUCGUUUCUCUUGAAUAAAGAGAGUGAUUAUGAAUAAGUGACCUAACUUCGUAAAAUAUUCACAGGCCCUGGCACUACGAGCCUCAGCGCUCCGGAAGUUAAGCUUGAUAAACAAAAUUUUUUUGGUUGCUAAGACGGUGCGGCUCGUUAUGUUAGAUUGGAGGGAACUAAUACAGUUCUAUUAUGAAGCAUACUUAGCCCUAACGAAGAAAAAAGGAUCAUCUAAUAGUCACUUUUGUUAGACAAAGCUGAUUUUAAAUUAUAUUCAUUUUAAUUCAAACUCGUGAUAUUGACUGUCAUUAUCUUUUUUUUUAAAUAAUGUCUCGAUAUGUUUCGCAAGAAAACUAAGACGAUCCACUACCGAACAGAAGAAUACUCGCGAUCGUAUAACUGAUGAUGUUUUGAUUCGAUCUGAAAUUAAAAUGACAGUACAAUGUAUUCUAAUUAACUAAAUCAAUUGGAAGCGGCUGAUAUAACCUUUUAGCAAUCAUUAUGCCAUGCGGUCACUGGUGGUCGUCAAUAUCCAAAAACUCAUGAAAUCCUUAUAAAACUAACAAAACCAAAAUGAUUGACAACAUUAUAACAUUGAUCAUAAACUUAUUUCUAUGGCGAGUUUUCUUAACUUUUCUUGAUCGGGAUAACCAUGAGUGUAACAGGUAAGCAGUAAAACACAUGAAAGACAUGAAACAUGCCCAAUCAUGUUCAGAUAUCGGGUAAAACUGAACUGCUUAUUUUAAUUAAAGUUGAGGUUUAUUUACUAUUGGAGUUUCCUGUUAGGCGUGUACGAGGCUACCGCAAAUUCCUUAACUAUGAAUUCCUUGCAUAGUCCAAAAAAACUACGUUAACACUCAAUGAAGUUUCCUCUACGCGAUUCGCUUCACUGCAUGACCGACUGAAACCUAAGGAAACUGUACACAAACUACAACCAUAGAAUAGGCUGAUUUAACAACAGGACGGAAACGUCAGUUGACGACGGGAAAGCGCGUGGAAAAUACUAAACACGACUUCGGGUGUUCAAUUUGCCGCUCUGCCAUUGGUCAAGCCAGUUGUUUGAUUUGCGCGCGCCGUCGUCAACACGUUCCCGUUCUGUUGCUAAAUCAGCCUAAUAUUUGGGACCGAAGUGGGGAGUAGCGAAUACCUUUUUCUCUUUCUUUCUCUUCUUUGCUGUUCUUGAUUUGUUUGUAUGAUUCUUUCCCUUGUCAUUUGCAGCUAUCUUUUUUUUGUGAAUUAUAAGGAGAUAGUCUGAAAUGUCAUUUGUGUCUUCACCCCACCCCCGAACGGGGCGAAGAGGAGAAUGACUUUUCAGACUUAAAAGGAGAUAUCCAAUAGAUGGUUUUCACAGUGACGUCAUCAAAUUGUAAACUCAAAAUAGCGAGGUUUUACGAAUUCUUAUGUACACUAGGUUGAAGAUAAACAAAGAGUAAAUCUUUGUACAAGUUUCCAUUCCCGUAGCUUGUUUCAUUUCGAAAAUACAGCAAUUUGAACUUCCGAGUUUUCACAGUACGUGACACCAAAAUGAAUAGGAAUGCUGUCUUGUUGAAAAAAGUCUCUCCCCUUGAUUUUCAGCGGUAUAACCAUUUCAAGGUAUGUUUUUGCGCACGUAUGCUAGUUCUCGACUGAAAAGAAAGGGCUUUUAUAGAAAAAGUGAACCCCACAUGUUUUUGUUAAUUCCAGGCGGCCAUAUUGGUGCAUCAAAACGGUGCACCAAUAUGGCGUCUCCAUACAAAGCUCUACAAAGGUGCGUGAAACGUUUCGGCAAAUAACUUAGAAACUAUGAGCCACAAAGACCUGAGUCUUUUUUAAUUAUAACAUUUCAUUUUCUUGGCUUCUUCCACUGGAAGGUUUCCAAUUUAUUAUUUUGUUACGGUGAAAACGAUCUAUUCACUUUACUUCACUCAGCUUUACUUUCCCGAUUUACCCACCUCAGUUUACCAGAUUCUUGCAAAGUUAUAACCCUUACCAGUAUAAAAAAAAAGUUUGGAGCCCCGUGGGAGGCGUAAAAAUAUUUACCAGCGACUGGAAAGAACCGUUUAUGAAAAGUAACAAAAGAAACAUGCACUGUUAGGUCGAAAAUAAAGUUGUUUUUUUUCUUGGCAAUGUCACAUGCUUUCUUUCAGAGUAUGGGAAUCAUCCCGGCUCAUCUAUCGUCCAUUAUUGUCAUCGGUUAAUUAUUUGUAAAUUUUUGUAAAAACAAUUUUUUUUUUUUUGGGGGGGGGGACAAAAAAUCUCACUAGUAAAGAGACUAUUUCAUAAGAAAAAUGCAAAAGAACAUACCGUAUUUAUUCGAAUAAGCGCCCAACCUCGGAUUAGCGCCCACCUCGAAUAAGCGCCCAUCCUAAAGGUAGAAAAAGUUAAUAAGCGCCCAGCCUCGAAUAAGCGCCCACCCCCUCCCCUUCUCAAUCAAACUCAAAUAAGCGUUCACCCCCACCCCACCCACUUGAGCGAAUAAAUUCUAAUAAGAGACGUCCCAGAGGACGGAAUUUUCGUCAGAAUAUUUUACAGAAACCUUGCUUUGUUACUUCUUCGCGUUUUGUCAUUAGCAUUUAUUGUUUUGUUGCAAAAUAAACAUACUUCACUUUCUGAAAAUGGUGAAAAUUUGAUAAGCGCCCAGCCUCGAAUAAGCGCCCACCUCGAAUAAGCGCCCACUCUCAAGGUCCAAAAAUUUAAUAAGCGCCCAGGGCGGUUAAUCGAAUAAAUGCGGUACUCAAAAAGGAUGAAAACUCCGUUUUUUCUCUACAGCCACCUCAAUCAACUGUUUCAAAUGCUAUUCAAGGAUCUCCAUGGAAGACUGCAUGAAGUUCCAGAAAUUAACUCCCUGCCCAAAAAAUACGGUACACUGCCGAAACAUGACGGUUGGAGUCCACGUUAAGCUGCUCAACAACGAGUAUUUGAUCGGCUACGAAAGAGGCUGUGCAACGCAAGACCAGUGUCUUCGCAAAAGAUGCACUGGUAAUUUUGGCGAGCAGUUAGGAGUAGAGAAAGGCACGUACGAAUCAUGUGAGAUAAGUUGCUGUAAGGGAAAUUUGUGCCCUGAAGGAAAUGCUACUGAUAGUGCCCAGGCCGCUCCGGUGGCAGGGGCUCGCAGCGGAUCUGCAACUGUUCAAUGGAGUUCCCUUGUAACACUGGGGAUAUUGAUCAUUGCUGUUGGUACGGUUUUCUUGAUAAACCAUAGUUAA